UCUCUAUGUGCCAAUCAUUUCAGCAGCUCUCGACUACUGUGAGAUCCCACACUUACACAGAAAAUGAAUGGUGACAAAAAGGUAACACUCAUGGGGGACCUUUUCAAUUCGAGUGUCUUUGAGGACUUAUACAAUUACAGCUACUUCUUGAAUGGUGAAGGAACUGUGUGUGGUCAGGAGGCUAGCAUGUACUUUGAUUCCAUUUUUAUUCCGGUCCUUUACUCUCUGGCGCUGGUAGUGGGGCUGGUGGGAAAUGGGCUGGUUCUGGUGGUACUGUGGAAGAAGAGGAUGAGCUUGAAUGUUACCGACAUCUUCAUCCUCCAUCUGUGCUUAGCAGACAUUCUGCUGCUGCUAACGCUGCCCUUCUGGGCUGUAGAGGCAGUGAAGGGAUGGAUCUUCGACACAGCGCUCUGCAAGCUGACUGGAGCUCUGUUCAAGAUCAAUUUCUACUGUGGCAUUUUCAUGCUGUCCUGCAUCAGUCUUGACCGCUACCUGUCCAUCGUUCACGCAGUGCAGAUGUAUUCUCGUAAAAAGCCAAUGUUGACUCACUGUUGCUGCGUGAUGAUCUGGCUCUUCUGCCUUCUGCUCUCCAUUCCUGAUUGGAAAUUCCUUGUGGCCACUGAGGACUCCAGACGUCAGGAUAAAACACAAUGUGUUCCAGAUUACCCGUCUGGUUCUUGGCUUCUGGUCACUCGUCUUCUGCUCUACCAUAUUUUGGGUUUCAUUCUUCCAGCACUAAUAAUGCUGUUCUGUUACUCUUGCAUACUGCUGCGGCUGUGGCGUGGCUCCCAGUGCAUGCAGAAGAAGAGGGCCAUCCGUGUCAUCAUAGCCCUGGUACUGGCCUUCUUCAUCCACUGGACACCCUACAACAUCACCCUUAUUGUUGACACCAUACAAACCAACUGGACCCUCAAUACCAGUAACCAAACAUCCUGUGAAAGUGCCACAGCAUUAGAUGUAGCUCUCACAGCUACUUCCACAUUGGGCUACUUACACUGCUGUAUCAACCCAGUGCUUUACGCUUUUGUGGGGGUGAAAUUUCGCCGGCACCUGCUGGACAUGCUGAGACCACUGAGCUUCACGCUGAAGGUCCCAGCAGGUCUGGUGUCACGAAAGAGCUCUGUAUGGUCAGAGUCAGUGGACACCUCACACACGUCUGCUUUCUGAAACAAUCACACUGAUAUACAGUGGGUACGGAA